UCGCGGGCGGGCGGGCGGGCCGGGAGUGGCCAAUGAGCGUUGGCGGGUGAGAUUUGAAAGCGAGGCGGGGCGGCGCGCGCAGGGGCUGAGGGCUGUGCAGUUUGGGCGAGGUACCACACAGGAACAGUGACCUGGAGAGAAGAGACAGGUCCUCAGGAUGGCUGCUACCUCCCAGUUUGCCAGUCGAUACAAGAGGGAUUUGAGCACGGAAGCCCUGAGAGCCAAAGUUGCCCGCAGGAGAUCGACCCUUCAGAAGGAGAACAGGCACAAGCAGUUUGAGAAGGGCCGGCAGUUCGGGCUGGCAGAUCUCAAUGUUCAGCCCUCCAAAGAGAAGGGAGUUGCUGAACUCAAGGAAACAAGGGAAACAUGCUCCCAAGAGAGCAGCAGCGUAAAACAAAAGCAACCUGUAAGUGCAGCCACCAAGAGGAUGAACGAGCGCAGGGAGAUGCUCCAGCGCUACAAAGAACAGAAGGAGCUUCGGAAGCUGGUGGAGCAGAGGGAGAAAGCCAAGAAGGGGGUGUUCAAAGUUGGGUUGUACAAACCAGCUGCACCUGGAUUUCUUGCACCUGCACCUGAGGAUCCAGCGGUAGCAAAGCCAAAAGAGAAGGCAGCUCCUGCUUUCUCUGGAAGGAUGACACGAUCAAGGGCCAAGAUCCAAGAAGGAAAAUCUCUGAUACCAACUCUGAUACCAACAGCACCUAAGUCCUCUACGGUCAGUGCCCACGGGCAGAGCGCGCGCCCCGCGCAAGCAGGACGUAAACAGAUGGGUACAGCCAAAGGGGCUGAGAAAGAGAAAGUGUUGCAGACUGCAGCCCAGCCAGCCUCAAAUGUGAGGAUCACCAGAGCAGCUGCCUCUGCAGCCAGGCAGGUGCUGAAACCAACAGCUACUGCUGCUGCUGCAGGUAACCAGUCACAGAGAAAGACAACAAAUGUAGGGAAGCAGAAGCAAGCUGUCAGACCUGAUACCACGAAGGUAAUUCCUUCUAAACAUGAAGUGGAGAAAAAUGCUCAGGUGGAUCCAGGGGUGAAAGGUCCUGCAGCUGAUUCCAAACAUUCAACACCAGUAGAACUGGAGCAAGAACAAACCUCAGUGGAAAACAACAAUUCUGCUCCAGGGAGACCCAAAACGUGCUCUUUUGCACCCGGGAACUUUGUGUUUCAGCCACCGAGCGAAUUAGCGAACUACAAAGUUAAACCCAUGACUCCUUCAAGUGCAAAGGCUUUUUUGACACCCACUGCUUUCUGGAGUUUCUCAAAAUCUCCAGUCAAAAAAAAUGAAAAAUCCAGUGAAACUAAAGCACAAAAGCCUAAUUUAAGAAGUCGAAUUCUACCUUCUUUUAGAGGCAUUCAAGAACAGCAAAUGGCCACAAGUUCGGAAGGAGAAGAAGCAGGUGAAUCAGAUGAGAAAACUUCCACUCAGAGAUCAAAGGAAACAACUCCUGUCUCAGCAGCACUUGAAGGGAAGUCAGAUGAUACAGGAGAGCAAGAGCACGAUGUGCCCUAUUUCAGAAACAUUCUUCGGACUCAGACAGAGAGGCUGCUCUCUCAGUGCCUCCAGUGGGAUGGAAACCUCGAGCUGGACAUUCCAGAGGAUGCUAAAGACCUGAUUCACACCACAAUUGGUCAGACAAGACUGCUGAUAGAAGAAAGGUUCAAACAGUUUGAAGGGCUGGUUGAUAAUUGUGAAUUUAAACAAGGUGAAAAAGAAACAAAGUGUACAGACCUGGAUGGAUUUUGGGAUAUGAUUAAUUUUCAGAUUGAAGAUGUGAAUAAAAAAUUUGAUAAUCUGAAGAAGCUUCAAGACAACGAGUGGCAGCCACUUGAUGUCCCAAGCCAAGCAGUUGUCAAGAAAAAGGCUGUUCCAGGUGGAGUGCCUAAAGCAAAGCUGGAAGCAGCUGCAAGAGCUGCUGCCCGGAGCCGCCUGGCUUCUGUAAAGGCAGCCAUGAGGGAGAAAAUGAAGUGUGAGGGAGCUGCUGAUGGUGCACAUCAGGAGACACUGCCCCAAGCAGAAAAAGUGGUUUUUGAAGCGGGAUUUUUCAGAGUUGAAAGCCCUGUGAAAAACUUUUCAGGCUUGCUUUCAAAGACCCCUCACAGAUCUUCCCAGAGGACUCCUGGAAAACAAACAACUCCAAGAUCAUCCCGUAGAACUUUGCUUCCAAACACUCCUUCUGCUGCUCUCCGUGACCCUGAGGAUGCAACUGCAAAACAAACACCAGAAAAUCUGAAAAUGGACCAAUUUCCCACUGCAAAAACUCCCCCAUUGGAUAAACUCCCCGACGGUGUUGUUGAACAAAGCAUUUCCAUGGUUGCAGAAGAAGAAGUCUGUCCUGUUGCCAGCAGAGCAGAGGGAAGUGAGGUGCUGGAAAAUUCUAGCAGUGAAUCCAAAGCAAUGGAUGGCAUGGAAGAGAUGGAACUCUCUGCUGCAGAGCAAGGACAAGACGUUGCCAUGUGCAGCCCGGAGAAAGAUCCCGGCACAGAGACAAACUUUGCUCAGUCUGGAGAACCAAAAAUCCAUCAAACAGAUGUUUCCUGUAGUGAUUUGACAUCCAGUGACAGGAAUCCUUUAGAUAUGCCAAUGCUGGAUACUGAGCUUCCCUUCACUCCAGUGAAGACCAAAGCCCAGAAGUUUGCAGCAGCUGAAGUGUUCAGUGACCUCAUUGUGUUUUCUCCUGUUGUCCCCUCUGGGGAUAAAUGAAGAGUGGCUUAAAAUGCAAAAUACGUACAUUUUAUGAGGGAGAAACCCACGGAGGGUAUCUGGAACACAGAUUGCUACCCUGGAACUGUGUUGGGAGUGAAGGGAUACCUGUAGUCAUGGAUCUGAUAACGGGUUUUGCAAGGUUUUAUGGUGCAGUUGUUGUACACCAAGCACUGCUGUAUGUCGGUAGUGGGCUGUGUUCUGGUGAUACUGCUGUAUCCAGUGCUUGUAAAUUCUGCCUGCAACCCGAAAUACUUUUAUGUUGGUAUCAUUUCAUGUAUUUCCUGUCUCCUUCAGGCUG